AUGGCGCGGGAGGCACACGAAUUGCUGGAUGGUAGCAGACCAAUACCUAUCGACAGAAUUACGUAUGAGUUAGCACAAAAUAUUAUUUUAGCUUUUGAUAAUAAUGAAAAUAUUAAUAUGAACAAUAAAGAUGUUCAAAUAGAAAUAGAAGCAAGGGUCGGGUUGGUAGUGGACAAAAAUAAAAAUAGACUAAAAUUGCCGACAAACACAGAUGCUAUAGUUGAAAGUAGUUAUUCUGAUUUCCAGUCAGGUGUUGAUAAAGAUUCUUUUGAAUAUCUUUUAAAUUAUUUACAUAGUAUUACUCAGAGGAAAAAGGUAAGCAUGUAUACCAACAACAGUGGUAUCAUGAGUAGCAAAAACGAAUUGUUAGGAGGUAGUAGUGAUGAUACUUGUAUUACCAACAUAGGGAGAAGCACAACUAGUUACACAAAAGAAAGUGGAGGCAUCGAAAUAGCUAGUAACUUUAACGAUAAGGAGAAUGAUUUAUAUAAUUUUGUACCUCUAAAAACAGUUAGAAGUGUAGAUAAAUACUAUAUACUAAGCAACACUAAUACGAGAAUUAGAGUGACUACAUAUUUAAAUAAUGAAGAUAAGAGAGAUAAUGAAAAUAUGGUUAAAUCAUUACAUAAAGAAAAUUUAAAUACAUGGAAUGUGUAUCUUGGAAAUAAUCAUUACUAUUUUGAUGAGGAUGAUGAUGAGGAGGAGGAAGAAGAGAAUGGGAAAAACAAUUUAGCAGAACAGAACGGUUUGAUUGACUAUCGUAUUUCAAUAAAUUUAGAGCAUACAAAACCGAUAAGCAAACUUUUCUUAUCUAAAAUAUUGCCUGUACAUGAAAGGAUUAAAGAACGAACAACAUUCAUAAAUAAGUACUUGGGAAUUCAGUUGGAUUUGACAAAAAUUAAAGCAAAAAAUUUAGGCGGAAGUAAUAGCGAUAAUAGUGCUAAUAAGGAUUAUAGCACUGGAAUCAGUUAUAAUAAUAAUAUGCUUAGCAAAAGGAACAGCAGUGGUAAUGGUAGUAGUAUCAUUGGUAGUGGUACUUCUGAUUGUAGCAGCGGCACCUGUGAGUUAUACGAGAUAGAAAUCGAAAUGCCGGCAAAGAGCAUCUUAAAGGCUAUAUCUAACCUAAGGAAUAAAAAGGAUUCAAACUAUUUACAUUUCAUAUGUUCCAAUUUAGUUAAUAAUAUUAGAGGGAUAUGUAAUAAACUUAGCCAUUUUAGAAAAACCAAAAGUUUAUCCAAACAACCAAAUGAUAACAGUCUUCCCACUGUUCAAGUUAAUUAUAUUCAUCCUUUAAAAGAGAAAAUUAAAUUUCAAAAAUAUAUACAUUCUGUACUACCACUUAUAGGGGAUUAUAUGUACAGAGUAGUCUCAAAGAAUGAGAAAAAUAUCCAUACAAUGCUUAACAAUACAGAUAUUUCAAAUACAGAAAAAAUUAAUAUUUUUAAAGAUGUAAUACAUAUUAGAAGACAUAAUAAAAAAUCGUUAAUGCCUAUGGAUGAAACGUACGCUGAGAAUAAGUGGAAAAUUGUAAAAAAAGAUGGACUUAAAAAUGAGAUCGUUUUGGUUAGUGAAGCGAGCGACUCAAGUGAAGUGAAUGACGUAAGUGAAGCACAUGAAACAAGUGAUGACGAACAAGAACCUGAACUAAAUAUUCAUGAUAGGAAAAGUAUUACCACUACACUUGAUAACUAUGAUGAUCAAUGUAAAUGUGCUAAUGUAGAUGACUUAUGUACGAACGAAAAUUAUCUGUCCAUUAACAGAGAACAAACUAGUGACCACCUCAACAAACAAGACGAAGAAAACUUUUACCAUGAAAAACAAGUUAUCCAAGAGGAUACAAGUAAAUACCAAGAGUUCUAUGAUGAUACAUGA